CUUGCAGAAAAGUGCAGGAAACGGUUCACUGUAGUGACAUGCAGUAAUGCUCAUCUUAACACGUCUCCUACUAAUUUCUGGUGUUUGUGUUGCUGUUGAUCUAACAGUAAAUGGCGGCGUGGGAGGGACAGUGGAGCUGCCUUCAGCCCUGGGGAGACUGAAAGUAGAAGACUUUGACUUUCUGAAAUGGAGGUUUAAUGGAAGGAUCAUAGCUGAAAUGCCCAGUGGGCAAGCAAAAGAAAAUCUUCAUGCUCAGUUCAAAGGACGACUGCAGCUGAGCCCUGACUUCAAUCUAACAGUGAAGGAGCUGAGACUGGAGGACAAAAAUCUUCAUGCUCAGUUCAAAGGACGACUGCAGCUGAGCCCUGACUUCAAUCUAACAGUGAAGGAGCUGAGACUGGAGGACAGUGGGGAGUAUGAGCGUGAAGGAAUGAAGGAAGAUGGCUCACAGAUUCCCUCAUAUAAAAUCCAGCUGCAGGUUAAUGAGCCCAUAGCAUCAGUGUGGAUACAGCCAGAAUACACCUGGGAUCCAGAGAACCACACCUGCGCAGUGCGUUUGGUGUGCAACUCAUCAGGAGGCCUAAGACCCUCUUACACCUGGAGGAUGAGGGAUCAGACAGGGAGCAGCUCCAGGCUGCACUUCUUUCUUUCACCAGCAGAGGGCAAUGUCACCAUCACCUGCACUGCGGCUAAUGCUGCCAGUCAGAUGUCCCGCAAUCAUACAGUGAGGUGCAUCCCCACAGUGGCCCCUCAGCCCCAAACAGACUGGAAGCUGUUUCUAUACAUUGCGAUCCCAGCUGGAGUUUCAUUGCUCUGUGUUAUCAUCGCGUUACUGGUGUGCUGCUUCCGAAAGAAACCAAAAGACACCAGCCAGGAAGAGACGACCAUGUAUGCUGUGGUUAACAAAGUGGAAAGGAGUCAAAGUGCUGGGUUAGAGAAUCCUGUGACUCUGUAUGAGACUGUGGGUGAUCUGAACCUACCGGAAAUGACGGUGUACUCCACUGUUCAGAAGCCCAGACCCCCAUCCUCCCCAUACAUUGAAGCACUCUGAAGGAUCACUGUGGAAUGUCUGCAAUAUACACAUUUAAUACAUCAAUGUCUCUUAGUAGCUGCAACUUGUUAUUAAAUAAAAAUAUAGCUGCGUUUAAAGUCAAAACUUUCUAUAUGCUUUAAGUUAUAAACUCAAUCUGUGGUUCGAUAUAUAUGGCAUGUACCCUGUAACAUCAUAAAAAUGAAAUAACUGAUCCAA